AUGCAGAACACUAUCGUCCAAGACUCGGCGUCAACUCCGGUUGGGCCAGCCCCUCUAUCCUUCACCCAAGGCGAACGAAUCAAGUCCACCUAUCCCACUGUUACGGCCGCAUUCUAUCAUCAUGCAGAGACUCAUCCUGAUGUCACCGCAGGGCGUGACUUGUCGUCGCAGCAGAUUCGUGAGAUCACUUACGGUGAUCUUGCUACUCGAGCCAACCAGCUCUCAAGGAAACUGACCACACUCGGGGUCAAGCCUGGAGAUAGGGUGCCGCUUGUCGUAAAGCGAGGCAUUGACAUGCUAGUCGGUAUCGUUGCAAUUCUUUCUUGCGGUGCUCAGUACGUUCCUCUCGACGGUGGUGUGGUGCCAGAUUCUACACUACGGUUUGUUUUGGAACAGGCGGGCGGCAAGCACGUUUUAUGUCUCAAGUCGACAAAGCAUCGAUUCGAGACUCUCGGUGUUCCCUGCGAGACCUUUGUCAUUGAUGAAGAUUCGGAGAAAGAUAAGGAGCUUUCGCAAUCCUACCCUAUCCAGGACCUGGCCCAGCCAGACCAUGGCUGCUACGUCAUCUACACCUCUGCUGCCUGGGAGAUGCUGGGAUGUCUCUGCAACGGAGGAACUCUCGUCUUGAGAGGCUCAAAAUGGGAGCCGUGUCUGAGAGAGGCCCAAGUCCUGAUUUGCACACCAAGCAUCUUGGCCAAGUAUGAUCCUAGGGAGUACUCCAACAUCAGAGUUGCUGCGACGGCAGGUGAACCUAGCUCUCAAAGGCUCGCCGACCUUUGGGCCACCCACGCAACCUACUACAACUGCUGUGGACCUACGGAGACUACCAUUGUCAACACCAUGCAUCUUCACCGCCCAGGUGAAGCUCUGACAAUCGGAAAGCCUACCCCAAACAACACUGUCUACGUCCUUGACGCGCAGGGCAACUCUCUUGGAGUUGGAGAAGCCGGAGUUAUGUGGGCCGGUGGCCACGGGAUCUCUCGGGGCUAUGUCUCUCUGCCCGAGAAGACUGCUGAGAGAUACAAGCUGGACCCUUUUGCCAAUGAUGGGUCUAUGAUGUACAAUACUGGUGACCUCGGUCGAUGGAGAUCAGACGGCUCCAUUGACAUCCUCGGAAGAGUCGAUGACCAAAUCAAGAUUAAAGGUUUCCGGGUCGAGCUUGACGGAGUUACCUCUUCGAUCAGCUCUUGUCCCAUUGUCUCAAAAGCCACCGCGCUGUUCAUCAGCAACGAGAUCCACGGGUUCGUCGCCCCCAAGAACUGCGAUCUCGACACGAUCCAAGUCCACGUCAGGGCCCGUCAGCCUUACUACGCGAUCCCGACCAAGUUCCACUUCCUUGAUGCCCUUCCCCUGACUGCGAAUGGCAAGGUCGACAAGCGGGCGCUUCAAGAUAUGGUCACCGAGACUGGAGAUACCGACAAGAAGGAAGUUGCCGAUGUCACCAUCAGGGAGACCGCCUCAAAGGAGUCCCUAUCCACGGACAGCAACUCCACUACCACGGACCUCAAGGCCGAAUCCUCCGCCUCUAGUUUCACCGAGACAGACGAGAAGCUCGACCUCACCGGCGACGUCCCCGACAAGAACCUCGGCCGUCCCUACCGUGGUUUCGUUCACCGGAUCGCCAUCGUCUACCGUCGUCUGUUCACAAUCGUGGGUCUCUUCAACAUUGCGGCCGUCAUCGCCCUCGUCUUUGCCGGGUUCCAGCGCAACUGGCUCAGCACUCUCACAGCCAUCAACUUGGUCGUCGCCGUUCUCGCCCGUCAGGACUUUGUCAUCAACGCGCUUUACACAAUCACCUGCAACGUGCCAAAGUCCUGGCCCCUUGCCAUCAGGAAGCGCUGCGCCAAGAUUUUCCACUUUGGUGGUGUUCACUCGGGCGCUGCUGUUUCUGCCGGAGCUUGGCUUUUGGCUUCCAACAUUAGCGAUGAGGUCUGCCAGCUGACCGAGUGCCCCAAUUGGGGCCACCAGUCUGUAGCUUCAAAGGUCGUCUCUUGGCUUCUUACGGGUCUGUUCACCAUCACUAUCGGUCUCGCUUGGCCCGGAUUCCGCAAGACCCAUCACGACCUCUUUGAGAAGACCCAUCGUUUCGUGGGAUGGACCAUGCUAGGACUGUUUUGGGUCCAGGUUGUCCUCGGCGCGAACGAUAGCAAGGUCGAAGAGAUGUCUCUGGGUGACGCAUGCAUCCGUACGCCCGGCUUCUGGAUGCUGGCGGUCGCCACGAUGAGCAUCGCCUCCUCUUGGCUGUUCCUCAAGAAAGUCCCCGUCGAAGCUGAGGUGCUUUCCGGCCACGCAGUGAGACUGCACUUUGACUACACAGUUCCCGUCAACGGUAGCUUCGUUAGACUCUCUCAGAGGCCUCUUCUUGAGUGGCACUCGUUCGCCACGAUUCCAGCCCCUGAGAAGGUCGAGCACCGCGAGAAGGGUUUCUCUCUGGUUGUUUCCAACGCAGGCGAUUGGACCAAAAAUUGCAUCCAGAAGCCCCCUACCCACAUUUGGGUUCGUGGUGUCCCGACCUGUGGUGUCAUGCGCAUCGCGACUUGCUUCAAUCGCGUUGUUGUCAUCGCCACUGGAUCCGGAAUUGGGCCUCUUCUCGGCCACAUUCAGCAGCCGAGCUGCGCGACACAGUUAAUCUGGUCCACACCGAAACCCGAGCAGACAUUUGGCAAGCCUUUGCUUGACGCCAUCAAGAAAAAGAUUCCCAACGCGGUGAUUCACGAUACCAAGGUAUCGGGCCGUCCGGAUCUGGUGAAGAUGGGAUACAACCUUGUUCAGAGCUUCAACGCCGAAGCUGUCAUUAUCAUUGCGAACGAAAAGAUCACGAAGAAGGUUGUUUAUGGUCUUGAAACUAGAGGUGUUCCGGCAUAUGGCGCUAUUUGGGACUCUUGA